UGAUCUCGCACAUUGGCUCGCCUUGUGGUUAAUUCAUACGCUCAAGGGCUUUUUCUACUGAUACGCCAUGGGUCGCGGGGGCAGGCCCAGCCUUAGACAAGGCCUGGAUAAGGAUGUCUAUCAGAUUGUGCGCAAAAUCGUUGACGAGCAGGCAGAGAACGGAUCGGUGCGGCUGUCUGUCUCCACGAUAUACGACACCAUCAAGCGGUCGAAUUCGAGCCUGAACCGCAAACCCAAGAGAAUACUGGAGGAUAGCAUUGAGCGCGUGGUGCAGGUGAUGAAAGAUGAUGAAGAGGAGGAGGACUCGGUGGAGGGUGACUUUGAAGGACUGGAGGAGCCUGCGGUGCCGGAACCCAACAACAGCCUUAACAAAAGCCUCGUCGGCAUGUGGAACACGAACGGCGCAACCAAUCCCCAGAAGCAAAGCGAGACGAAUCCUACAGACACGGCCACGCCCGCUCCGAAAUCCUCGACGAAAAAACGACACCAUGGCGGCGAAUCGCACUCGUCCAAGCGCCGCAAGGGCGACUCCGCUGUCGAUCGAUCCCCGCCUACGCACGUCAGCCUUGCAGACUUGGGUGGUCUAGACGAUGUGGUCGAGCAGCUGGGAGACCUUGUCAUUCUCCCGAUGACUCGCCCGCAGGUCUACAUGUCAUCCAACGUGCAACCGCCGCGUGGCGUCCUGCUCCACGGUCCGCCGGGAUGCGGUAAGACCAUGAUCGCCAAUGCGUUCGCCGCGGAACUGGGCGUUCCCUUCAUCUCCAUUUCCGCCCCGUCAGUCAUCUCCGGCAUGUCCGGUGAAUCCGAGAAGGCGCUGCGCGAGUACUUCGAGGAGGCCCGGCGCAUCGCCCCCUGCCUCAUCUUCAUCGACGAAAUCGACGCCAUCACCCCGAAGCGCGAAAGUGCCCAGCGAGAGAUGGAGAAGCGCAUCGUAGCCCAGCUUCUUACAUGCAUGGACGACCUCGCCCUCGAAAAGACCGACGGCAAGCCGGUCAUCGUCCUGGCAGCCACCAACCGGCCCGACAGCCUGGACGCGGCUCUCCGCCGCGGCGGGCGCUUCGACAAGGAGAUUAACAUGACGGUGCCGUCGGAGCCGGUGCGCGAGCAGAUCCUCCGCGCGCUGACCCGCAAGAUGCGCCUCGCGGACGACCUCGACCUCAAGCUCCUCGCCAAACGCACGCCGGGCUUCGUGGGCGCCGACCUCAACGACCUGGUCGCCACGGCGGGCUCGGCGGCCAUCAAACGCUACCUGGAGAUCCUGAAAUCCAACAGCGGGCCCGAGGACGAGAAAAUGAUGGACAUCGACCACCUCAGCGUGACCGACGAGAUCAGCCCCAAGGUCAAGGAGAUCCGGCGCCUGAUCGUGCACGCCAAGGACACCCCGAUCGGCGACGAGACGCAGACCGUCCUCGUCUCCAACGCCGACUUCUUCACCGCGCUCCCCAAAAUCCAACCCUCGUCCAAGCGCGAGGGCUUCGCCACGAUCCCCGACACAACCUGGGCAGACAUCGGCGCGCUGGGCGGCAUCCGCGACGAGCUGUCCACCGCGAUCGUCGACCCGAUCCGCCACCCGGAGAUCUAUGCCAACGUCGGCAUCACCGCGCCCACGGGCGUCCUCCUCUGGGGCCCCCCCGGUUGCGGUAAAACCCUGCUGGCCAAGGCGGUCGCCAACGAGAGUCGCGCCAACUUCAUCAGCGUCAAGGGGCCCGAACUGCUCAAUAAAUUCGUGGGUGAGUCCGAGCGCGCCGUGCGCCAGGUGUUCGUGCGCGCCCGCUCCUCCGUCCCCUGCGUCAUCUUCUUCGACGAGCUCGACGCCCUCGUCCCCCGCCGCGACGACACCCUCUCCGAGGCCUCCGCCCGCGUCGUCAACACCCUCCUCACCGAGCUCGACGGCCUCGGCUCCAGCCGCCAGGGCAUCUACGUGAUCGCCGCCACCAACCGCCCUGACAUCAUCGACCCCGCCAUGCUGCGUCCCGGCCGCCUCGAGACCUUGUUGUUCGUCAACCUCCCCAGUCCCCUCGAGCGCGCCGAUAUCCUCCAGACCCUCGUCCGCAAGCUCCCCAUCGAGUUCGAUGAGAAUCUUCGCCGCCUCGCCGAGGAGUGCGAGGGUUUCAGCGGUGCCGAUCUCGGCAGCUUGCUGCGCCGCGCCGGUUACUCGGCCAUCAAGCGCCGCGAUACCAUCAAGUUCGAGGACUUUGUCGCUGCUAAGGCUUUCAUUAGACCUAGUGUUACGGAUUUGAAGAAGUAUGAGCGCUUGCGGAGAGAUUGGAGUGGUGGCGUGGUUUAGUUUUUUGUUCGGUUGGCUGGGGUGGUGUCUUGUACAUAGAUUCAUAGAGAG